AUCAGUUUCUGGCUGUUGAAGGAUCCCCAUUGGCUCAGUUAACUACACUGGUGCGGAGGCCAGUCAGCUGACCUACCAGGAAGUAUAUAAUCCUGUACUUCUAGAACUGACUACACUCCAUCCCAGUGUUAGGAUGCACGCUAUGUUGACUGUUUCGGUGUAUCUGGGACUUGUCUUGCUGGGGAGCCUCGUCAGCUCAUCCCAGGGCAGAUACAGCCACCCCAAGUAUCACCCCAGAGCUCUCAACAAACAUGACACACAGCUCUAUGGAGACUGUCAUGAGGUACGGAAGGUGGGAGGCUACAAUGUAUCUGGUGUGUACACACUACACAUGAACAAGACCACACCCUUCCAGGUAUAUUGUGAGCACACGGCAGACAACUCAUUCACAGUCAUACAGAGACGGAUGUCCCCAGCCGUCACUUUCAUCCGAUCGUGGCCGGAGUACGUCAGCGGAUUCGGCAAUGUUCAGGACAGCUACUGGGCAGGGCUCAAUCAUAUCUUCUAUCUCACAUCUACAGGUAAUGGAAAUAAUGUGUUAACAAUCAACAUGCAGACGUGGAAUGGCGAAGCUCAAAAUGUGCGUUAUUCAUAUUUCCGUCUACAAGACUCGACCUAUUUCACACUGAACAUCGGAGGGUUUUUUGGUUCAAUCCCCGAUGAUCUCUCCUUCAACAACAACAUGCCCUUCGCAACCUACGACCGCCCUGACUUGAAAGGCUGCGCCUCCCAACAGAUGGCAGGAUGGUGGUACAACUACUGCAGCUACGCACUCCUAAAUGGAGUCUACUACAACGGCGGCAGCUACACACCGACCGGCUCGUACUACAACGGCAUCUACUGGAAAGACUGGCGGGGAUAUGGAUACUCCUUGAAAUUCGUGUCAAUGACUCUGUCCCAUAUUUAAUACACUGUCAGUAUAUUUUUCAAUAAAUAGGUGUAACAAGA